GUGCGUGAGUACAACAGAACCGGAGAGGAAGGAGAAAGCAAGUGAAUGAGGGAGAAAGAGAUCGAAAGGCAAUUGUUGCUUAAGAAAUCUCAUUUAUGUCCUGGAAGAGGCAGCUGGGAUUGGAUAUUGCGGGUAAAACAUCAUCAUACUAAAGAUAGAUCCGGAAAGACUGCUCACAAGGGGAUGGCUGAUUUUAAAGAGAAAGCUUACUGCACUUUUCGGUUCACGUAUGCGGUAUCAAAAGCGCAGUGGCGGCCUCUUCGUUGUCUUCAGUAGGAGACGUUUCGCCUUUCUUUUUUUCCUGUGGAAGUUUGUCCGUUAACACCAGCGGGUAUGAGACACCCAGCCCAAAUGAGCCAGCCUGGGAUUCUCCUUCUUCUGGUCACAUGUCCUCUACUCAGCAUCCUGCACGGUGUCACUUGUAAGGCAGAGAGUGGACACUUGGGGGACAAUGACCCUGACAGGUGUAUGAGACACCAUUUUGUGGAGACCAUCACGCAUCCCAUCUACAAGUGCAAUGCAAAGAUGGUUCUCCUGGCUCGGUGUGAGGGUCACUGCAGCCACACGUCCCGCUCGGAUCCCCUUAUAUCUUUUAGCUCCGUCCUGAAGCAGCCUUUCAAAAGCACGUGUUCCUGCUGCCGUCCACACACCUCCAAACUAAAGGCGGUACGCUUGCGGUGCUUGGGCGGGAUGCGAAUAACCGCCACUUAUCGUUACAUCCUCGCGUGCAACUGCGAGGAGUGCAGCUGAACGCAUUUGUCACGGAGGAAGACCCUCUGGGUAAAAGAUAUAAAAAAAAGGUACACUUUAUUGCUGAUGAUUCAGAACAUCCAUUUUACGAUUCAUUAGCGCCGCCUAAGCGUUGCCAGCAAAGCAUCAAGACUUUAAGAACAAUUGUCACGUGUGGGUUCCAGAUGGUCGCCCUACAGUUGCGCAUGCGCUCAGCCAGUCAAAGGACUUUUAAUGCAUUCCAUUGUUUUGAUCACUGCAUGUGUAAAAUAGCGGAUGCCGACAACAACAUCAUAAAUCGUGAGAGAAACGAAUUAAGCUUUUUUACAAUGUCUGACUAGACCUGAUACCCAAGGCCACACGGAUUUUAUGCAUCACCUUCAGGCAACAAGGAUGCCAGUGCGGUCUAGCCUAUUGAUAAUUAUGGAUGUGUAGUAUAUAAUUCAUGACCCUGGAAUUACCCUCCUGUUCCAGUUGGCCUAUACAUUUUGUUUGCUCCAUUUGAUUAAAGUAAUAUUUUAAAAGCGGAAAGCAUUCUUGUAAAAAUAACAUUGGGGAUCAUUAAAAACUGUGUGAGCAAGCGUAUUCCACUGCUUUAACUGUGGGGUUAACACGGAUCUAUCAUGCCGGAUUGUAUGUGGGAAAUGUCAGUGUGAAAACUGUUUAUUUCAUCAUCAAAGUAUUUUAAUGGCUCAUGAAAUAUAAUAGCAACAAGCUGUCAAGCUAAUCAUGUACAGUUAUGAAACUCUUAUGAAAUGUUUUUAUCGUGGGAUUGUGCAGUAUAGUCUUUCAUAUACAUACAUGUGUACAUGUGUGUGUAUAUAAGUAUAUAUUAUAUGAAAGAAAGAACAUGUGCAUUGUACCCCAAGUAUACGGUAAUAAAUUCAGACUCCACGAAUUCC